UUUUUUGUUAUCACUCACUCUUAUCCACUUCUUCAAAGUAGAAUCAACUCUAACCUAAACAAAAUGUUCAAAUUCGCCGUUGUUAUCUUCGCUCUCAUUGCCUGUGCUGCUGCCAAACCUGGUUUUGUUGCUCCUUUGGCUUACACUGCUCCUGCCGCUGUUGUAGCUGCUCCCGCUGGUGUUGUUACCGCCACCAGUAGCCAAUAUAUUGCCCGCAACCACAAUGGUAUUGCCACCGCCCCUGUUGUUGCCCCAGUAGCUGCCCCUGUUGUUGCCAAGACUGUUGCCUACACUGCCCCCGUUGCUGCUGCUUACACCGCUCCUUUGGCUUAUUCUGCUCCCGUUGUUGCCAAAUACGCCGCCGCUUACUCUCAUCCUUUGGCCUACUCUGCUCCUUUGACCUAUGCUGCUGCCCCAGCUCCAGUUUUGUUCUAAAAACUGUUUUUGCUGUGUUAUUGAUUUAAGUAGUGCCAAAUAAAAAAAAUAUUUUUAGAAAAAAGUUA